AUGUACUGUCAAUCAAUCACCACGGCACGAAGAGAAAAAGAAACUAAACUGAAGGUGCUUCAGGACCUGCUUGGACCAGAUGUUGACCCGACGAGAUGGCCCUUGGAGAAACUCAACAUUUUUCCAAAUCCUCAUAUAUCCUACUGGAAUUCAUUUGAGGAAUACACACGCAGAUUGGAAUCCGCACUCACUCGACAGGCGCUUGAAGAGGAGGCCACAUAUCUCAUGAUAUGGGCUAAAUACGCCCGUCCGUGGACUGAUGCCAAACUGCCGGCAAUGUUGAUCCGAAUAAACAAAGACUCGGAUGCAUGGGUUGUGAUGAGGGACUGGAUCCUUAAGUACUCAACUUCAGUGAGCAAACAUGAAGGAAUAUGGUGUAACAGCGGGAAAAUCGGUCCGUUAGACGAGAUGCACGCACUUUUCGAAUACAACGGGCGCCAGUUUACCGUUCUGGCCACAUUGAUCAAAAUUAGAAUGUUCCUGGAUCUGCAGGCUGUUAAUGAGGCGCGACAUCCAGUCGGCAGGAACCUUCCGCAGGAGCUGCUGGCAAUCGUCCUGUCGUAUGUUCCUUACACCGACAUCAUAGCGAAGAAGCAAGACCUCGCCUAUCGCGACCAUCAGCUAAACAUUCUCCGCCUGCAACGGCACAUUAGAUAUUUGUUCAAGAGGACACAAGAUGAAUGCGGUGACACCUGGUAUUACAUUCUCCGCGGCUGCCUUCCUGGAGUCCCCACCUGCAACUGUAUAGCAUCGAGAUUGAUUCAGGGAGAGACGUGCAUUUGGGACAACUGGACCAAGUUCCUUCUUCGUGGACCAUGGUUAGAAAGUCCAGGAGCAUUGGAUUACUUAGAAGAACUGAUGACCCCAUCAAGCAUUGCCAGUCAGCUAAGAAAUCAACGUACUUAA